AUGGCUACUUAUUAUAGUCAUCCAACUAAAGUAGAACAUCUGGAUGGGCUAGUAGGAUAUAUCGGCCAAGUCCCAGCCCAAAUAGAUAUUAGGAAGUUGGUUGAUUCAUGCGACAGCUCUGCAAUUUGUUGGCACGAGAGUAGAAAGAAGUGGGUCGAUAAAAAUUCUCAACAACAACAAAGAAUGGAAAGGGAAUCAAUGAUAAGCUGGUCAACAGCAUAUGAAGAUCUGCUCUCCACUAACGAUCCCUUCAGUGAGCCAAUACCUCUUCCGGAGAUGGUAGAUUUCUUGGUUGAUAUUUGGCAUGAUGAAGGGCUUUUCGACUUAGAUAACUCAACACAAAAAAUAUUUAACUGUAGACAGGAUCGGAUACCAUGAUACCGGGUUUCAUGAUGUAUUCAUACUCCAAACUACUACUGGUUCUUCCAUUUACUAAUUCUAUGAAGAUUAUAUGAUCUUACAUUGUUGUGAUCUAUGUUCAAACUAACAAGUAAUUCAGCAUUGUAUCAUUGGCCUUCUUGUGGUGGGGGUAACAUCCUGAUAUUUAUGCAGCAGUUCAGGGUCAUGGAAACUUAUUUGGAGAAUUGUUUUUAAAAAUAAUUUCAUUUUCUUUCUUUUCUUUUCUUUUCAGAGUUGCUAUUAAUAACUCUGAUGAAGCUUUUGUUUUUGUUUUUAAAAUUUCAAUGUAUUAGUCUAUGGUACAUUCUAUAUGGUUAAUGAAUGGUAUUGUGUAUUCAGAUUCAAGCA